GGCAGAAGUUAUCUCUCUUUAUAAAACCAGCUAACUUACCCUGCCCUGCCCACUUUCCAUUGUUCAACGGCAGCGGCGACGAGCAGAAGUUAUCUCUAGUUUUAUUCCACCAAUUUGGUCCGCUCUUCCUUUUUAUCAUUAUUCAACAAAACAUGGCAACCGGGUUGACAACAAUCACGGACCUGGCGGAGCUGCGCGCCCUGCAGGAGCUUCACCUGGCAGACUGGCCCAAACACUGUGUGGCCUACUUCUGGUUGGACAACUAUUUGCGUUGGCUGGAAAAAGAUCCUUUGACCAAGUAUUUAACAUUCUACACGCUCAAUGGAGAUUGGCGUCGCGAUGGACUCUUCAUCCUGGUGCAUCGCUACCAAUUGUUCUUCAGCAAUCUGAGCCGGCGAAAGACACCGGAACUGCUUUCAGCUCUGACCCUGUUGGAUUGGUCUAAUGGCUACAAGGUGAGCGCCAUACACGAGACGCAUCAUCGCAUCUACAAGCAGCUGCUGGCGGAGCAUCGGCUGGUCAUGGAUCGGGAGAUGAAGACCAUUAUGUAUCGUCUGCCCUGCGAGCAGGCCAAAGCGCUGCAGCUGAGCUGCCCGCCGGGCUACCAUCUGGACGAUGUGCGGCUGGAGCAUGCAGGGCUCAUCAACGGGCUCUGGUCAGCACGCCAUCCAGGCUCGCUGAAGCUCAUAGAGAUGCUGAUCGAAAAGAAUGUCAAUGUGGGACUGUAUGAAGAGGCGACAGGCCAGCUAUGUGCCUGGUGCCUGAGACUGCAAAGCGGCUUCCUGGGCGCACUCGAGGUACUCGAGACGCACCAGCGCCGCGGACUGGGCCUAGUAGUAGCCGCCGCCAUAGCCAAGCGCAUAGCCAACGGACUGGAACACGACGUCACAGCUUUGGUUAAUCUGAACAAUAAAGCCGCCUGUAAAGUGUUUGAUAAAUUGGAAUUUACGCUGCUCGGAGGCGAGCAUUACGUCUGGAGCAUGUGUCUGGCCAAAACAGGGGGAGUAUUAAAUUGGCCAGCGAAUACGUAGCAGACUGAAUUCGAGUUAUGUGAUAUCUAACGCCAUAUAGCGUUAAGCUUAGGCAGAUUAAGUAUUAUCUUACCCAGCCAAGCGCUAUAUAAAACCGAACAUUCGAAAAUA